UGGGAACGCCUUUGGUUCCUAAUCCUCACCUCCUCCUUCUUCCUGACACUGGUCUGGUUCUACUUCUGGUGGGAAGUCCAUAAUGACUACAAUGAAAUCAACUGGUUUUUAUAUAACCGAAUGGGAUAUUGGAGUGACUGGUCCAUUCCAAUACUUGUAACAACUGCUGCUGGCUUUACAUACAUUACAGUGUUGUUGAUACUAGCACUAUGUCACAUAGCUGUGGGACAGCAAAUGAACCUACACUGGCUUCACAAGAUUGGCCUGAUGACAACUUUGAUAACUACCGUGGUGACCAUGUCAUCUAUAGCCCAGCUUUGGGACGACGAAUGGGAGAUGGUCUUUAUUUCACUUCAAGCCACAGCUCCUUUCCUGCACAUAGGAGCUCUUGCGGCGGUCACAGCCCUGUCGUGGUUGAUAGCUGGGCAGUUUGCAAGAACGGAGAAAGCCACUGCUCAGAUGCUGAUGUUCACUGCAUACCUCGCAGUUGUAGUUGCACUUUACCUCGUCCCUCUCACCAUUUCGUCCCCUUGCAUAAUGGAGAAGAAGGCUCUGGGACCAAAGCCAGCCAUUAUAGGUCACCGUGGAGCACCCAUGUUGGCACCAGAAAACACUCUGAUGUCCUUCCAGAAGGCAGUGGAGCAGAAGAUAUAUGGAGUCCAAGCUGAUGUUGUACUGAG